UGGACAAAUAUCAUGUAGCAUACUGCCCCCUAGUGGUGCAAUCACAGUACUGCAAUCGACCCUAUUUUCAAAGGCUUUGCUGUCGAGCAUGCCAGCUAGCUCAGAAUUCAAACCACUGAUGAGAAUAUUCACUGGGACCAUAUGUUUCUAUGUUGCACCUGACCAAAAUAUAAUCCAUGUUCACGAUUUGAAAAUCUAGAAAGAUGCCUGUCUCCAACAUUACAAACACUGUAGAUUUUAUGAAGUAUUUUCUUUUCAUUAUAUUAAUUUGUCUAUGCCAAGGAAUUCCAUUUUCUACUAAGGAUUUUGUUAAAAGAUAUCCAUGCCUUGAAUACAAUGUCUGUGAGUGUUCUGAAGGAAUAUAUGACCCUCCUUAUAGUGAUACAGUUACUGUUGACUGUCGGGCUAGGAAUUUGACUAAAAUUCCUGCUUUGGUGGAUUUAGACAAGAACAAGUACUAUCGUCUUUGGUUACGUGAUAAUUACAUCCAGUUAAUUAAUAGUCGGGAUUUCAGCUGUGAUUCAAUUGUGGAUAUUGAUAUUGGUGGAUAUAAUCAAAUACGUUAUGUUGCUGCUAAAGCUCUGAAAGUUACCAAUCGUUUCCUUCAGAAAUUGACAUUAAACAUCAGUUCAUUAAAUAUCUAUAAACUUCGAUUUUUACAUGCUGUGCCAACUUUGUAUGAGCUCACUAUUGAAGGUAACAACAAAUUGCACAAAAUCUCUAGCAGACUUCUCCCUGGUUAUAAAAUGAAGACUUUGAGAAUGCUUUCCUUAAUGCAUUGUGGAAUUGAAAAAAUUGCUUGGGAUGCUUUUUUGGGUGUGAGCAAUGUUAAAGAACUACAUCUGUCACAUAACCAUUUAACUAAUGUACCCAGUGAUUCUCUGAUGGGAUUACAUCAUCUUACCAAACUUGAUCUCAGUUUUAAUCGACUGACCACACUUGAUGGUCAAUCAUUUACUCAGUUAUUUAAACUUUCAGAAAUAGAUCUGACAGGAAAUGAUUUUACAGAAAUGCAAGAAAUUCCUAGUGAUGUAUUUAAAGAUCAGGAAGCAUCACUUCAUAAACUAAUAUUAUCAAAUACUUUCAUCAGUACAAUUCCAACUGAAGCAAUCCAGAAUCUUCAAGAACUUAAGACUUUGAACAUCAGUUAUAAUAAGAUUAAUGAACUUAAUAACAAUACUCAACCGUUUUUAGGUCUAAAGUUACAAGUACUGGAUAUUAGUGGCAAUAACAUUCCAUUGGAAGCAACUUUGCUAAAUGGUUUAGAAAAUACACUUUUCAAGUUAUUUCUUCGAGAUAUGAAUAUUACCUCCUUGCCUUAUACACUAUUAAAGAAACUAGGUUACCUCUAUGAACUGGACAUCUCAGGUAAUAUAAUGCCUAAACUUCCAGAUUACUUUAACAAAGGGCUCUCUGUAAGACAUUUUAUACUACGUCGCAUGAACAUCAAGAAAAUAUCAUCAAGGGCUUUCACUAAGCCAUCUGAAAUAGCAGAACUCUCCAUAGAUGUUGAAUCAAAUUUCAUUAGCAGUAUAGACUUCAUCAGGAAUAGUCCAGCUUGCACUUUUCACUAUCUGAAUCUGAUGGCAAAUCCAAUCAACUGUGAUUGUAUUUUAUAUGAACUCAUUGUUGAUAGGACUAUACGUUUCUCAGGAACAUGUUCCAGUAUUAGCCAGAAUCUGUUAAACUUGAGCUUUACCAGUAACUAUCUUCAGAGAAUGUUACAGCAAAAAUGUUCUCCAAGAACAUUCAACAGUCACUGCAGAAAUGAGUACAAAUCUAGACUAGCUCCACAAACAUCAGGAACUUCUUUGCAUACAUACAGCAAUAUAUUUUUGCUAAUAGGAAUUAAUGUGGCCAAUCAACUAACUUUAUUACAGUGAAAUUUGAAACUGAUGAAACUAUUGUUAAAUUAUACUAAGAAUAUGUAAAUAUUUCUGUGUGUAUCAAAAACAACAUCAGUGUAUUAUUGCUUGCAAAAGAUAAUCUAUUUAUUAUUUUACUUUUUGCAAACUUUCUUCUCUUUCAGCUCAAAUGUUUCUGAGUAUACAAGUAGUCAUUAUCACUAACUAUCACCAGCUAUUUGUACAGAAUCAUUCUACUUGUUUUAUACUAAAAGAUUGAUAAUAACUGUUCAAGAGACAUUUCUUUAAAUGUGGCUUUAACAAGUAACUAAACAUAUGGGUUGUAGUUUCAGUCCUUGCAAAUACUUUGUAUGUGAAUUAUUUGAAUGUAAUUUUAUUUCCAAAAAUGAAGUACAGAAACAAUAAUGAGAAACUCCUGUAAUAAUAUGUGUUAAGAUGGAAGUAGCAUGUGUUUAAGGUAUGUAAUGAGCCUGAUAAAGUAUAAAGUAGUCAUAUGUGCUUCCAUUCAUCAGAAAAUAAAACUGUAAUAGUUAUAAUGUAGAAGAACAAAAGGAAAUGGAGAUACACUAAUGUAAUUUUAAGUAACAUAAAAAGAGUUUAGAAUAUUACUGAUCUACAUUUUAUGUGAUAAUGAUAUUGCUAAAUAGAAAUAGAUUUUUUUUUAUUCAAUAACUUGUCAUAUAAAGAUGAGGCUUACAAUUUACAGGUGAUGUAUUAAAUUUUGAUGAUCAUGCUUUCCUAGGAACCUCAGUAACACAGAAAAUGAUUUAAUGUGAAUUAAAACAGACCUGAAAAAUUGAUUCACAGAAAGUAUGACAACCAUCGUUUGCAUCCCCAAACACUUUCUUCUACUUUUAACAGUAGCUCCAUAUGGAUGGAGCUACUGUAAAACAGAAGAAAUGUGGAUUUCAAGGAUUUGAACUUAAAUUUUCUCGUUUUAAAACAUCCCCUUCCAUAUCUCCAUGUUCAAACACUAAGCUUUAAUUAAUUCAUUUUCUAAAUGUUUAUAAUCUUAUAUACAUGAGGUACUACAGUAUUGUUAUGCUGUAUUAGAUAGCUAAUAGUGUACUGUUGGUUGAAACUUGAAUUGUCUUUCAUAGAAAUUAUCCUCAGUGUAGGUAAGCAUUAUGCACAAAAGAGGAAUGAUUUUCAGUAAUGAUAAAAUGUUGAUAUGUAAUUAUGUAAUUCUAUUAAAACAACUACAUAUUACUAAAUAUGCUCAUUCUUUCGUAAACUCCCUAGUAAUUAUAACUGUGAGUAACAGUAAAUAAAUAACAAAAGCAAGAUCAGUCAUUCAACACACCAGAAGUUUUUUUAUAGUACUUUUAAACAUGCAAUUCACUAGAGGAGUCCUGCUGUAGGUAUCCUGCAGGUAUCACACCUUUCUUGGUAACACUCUUCGGAUCUAUUUUAAAACGGGGGCCACAUUUUUCAUUAAUGUUUUACGUAGUGUUUUUGGUAAGGAAAGACUUUCAAACUUCGUAUACUUAUCUAUUUUGUGUUAUAGAACAGAAAAAUAUUUUUGUAUUCGAAUUUAUUUCAUGUAAAAAAUUGUCUUAUUUCGAUAAUUUCAACCAAUCACUGACAAGUAUUCAGUUGUUUACAUUUACUCCUUUGGCUGAUUAAGUGAUGUAAAGCGUAUUUAAUCUCCAUACCUUCGUUUUAUUUGCUUUUUUCAUUUUAAAUUUGCUUUAACCCUAACCCUAACCCUAACCCUAACCCUAACCCUAGGGUUAGGGUUAGGGUUAGGGUUAAUUGUUUCAGAAUCGUUUGUUUAUGUAGUCGGCACUUAAUGUAUAUCGGCUGAAUGGACGUCAGUGAUUGGUUGAAAUUACAGAAAUACGACAACUUUAACAUGGAAUAACUUAUGGAUUUCUUUUUUUUUUAAGAAGACUAAGAGAAAAAGAUGUUUUAUAUGACACAUUCUACCAGUGUUCCAAGUUUCAAAGUGUUUCGUUAAUGAAAAAUGUGGCCCCCGUUUUAAAAAAGAUCCCACUCUUCCAAUAUUUUUAUAUUCUGAUGAAAUUCUUCUUGUUCUACAUUUAAAUCACAGUGUUUCUGGAAAGUUAUCUCAGUAACUAUUGAGAUAAAUAGCAUUGCUACCCAUAUUAUAUACAGCCAAGCUUAUUAAUAUUGAGGUGCAUCUCCUCUACUGCUCUAUUGAUUAAGAGAAGUUGUUUGCCUCAUAUCUUCAUGAAAGAGAGAGGGUCUUUGACUACUAAAACAAACCAAGACCAUGCACAGAACUUAGUGCUGUUCGCUAAAUCUAUGAAAUUGGAGGCUUUUUCUGCUCAGUUCAUGAAAUUUACAGCAAAAAAAGCCAAAGCAGACACCUUAGUUCAAUGGGUAUCCAGUUUCACUACAAAGUAUAUAAAAGGGAAUUCUGUAUCUACAAAACUUAUUGUGAUGAGGCAAUAUUGAUGAUCUAUUUGGAAUUAAUGCCUCAUCGACCCAAGUGCUCAACUGGUACUUAUUUUAUCAACUCUGAAAGGAUGAAAGACAAAGAUGACCUCAGUGGAAUUUGAACUCAAAAUGUAAAGAUGAAUGAAAUACUUAUUUCUUUAUUGCCCACAAGAGGCUAAACAUAGAGGGGACAAACAAGGACAGACAAAGGGAUUAAGUCGAUUAUAUCGACCCCAGUGCGUAACUGGUACUUAAUUUAUCGACCUCGAAAGGAUGAAAGGCAAAGUCGACCUCGGCGGAAUUUGAACUCAGAACGUAACGGCAGGCGAAAUACCGCUAGGCAUUUCGCCUGGCGUGCUAACGGUUCUGCCAGCUCGCCAUCUUGAUGAAUGAAAUACUGUGCAGCAUUUUGUCCAGUCUGCUAAUGAUUCUGCCAGCUUGCCAUCAUACACUUCAAUGUCAUAAUGCUAUAUUAUAAUAGUUAAUAGUGUAGUGUCAGUUAAAACUGAAAUUGUCACCCCUAGAAAUUAUCUUCAGAGAGAAGAAAAACUAUUCUUUUAUUCUUUUAUAUGUUUCAGCUCAAAGGUUGUGACAAUGCACCAUCAGCAAUGUUCAUAAAAGAGGAAUUUUUUUGAUAUUGACAGAAUAACUUAUAUCUUUAGUAAGAAUUAAGGAAAAGCAAAUAAAGAAACUAUAUUUGUUUCUAGAAAAUGAAUAUUAAAUAUGUCAUAAUAAUCCUCCAAAAGACACACACACACAGCACAGUUAGAUGAAACAGGAGUUUCAUUCUAGCAGAGUAAUUGAGGUCUACGUCUCAUCUCUACCAAUCUUACAUGCACUACUACUACUACUCCUACUACUACUACUACUACUACUACUACUACUACUACUACUACUACUACUACUACUACUACUACACACACACACACACACACACCAC